AAAACAUUCAUGUUCGCACAAUUCGGGCAGAUGAGCGAUGUGCUGGCCACGGUACCGAACAAUGGUCUGGGGCUCCAUGGAAUGCGGACACUAGAGCAGGAUCUGUUUGGAUUCGGCCCAGUUGGCGGACGACCCUUGAUUUCGACUUUGACACUUUUCAUUUGCUCCACAUUUUGCGCGCGUUCAUUAUUUGAUGCUCAUGCUGGCACGAGUUCACAUGUUGCAGCUGGGAUGGUCUGCCAUGGCGUUUGGCAAAACGAGUGAAGACAUGCUUGGGCGAUGGCAGCAUGAGUGGCACCUGACAGCAGAAGCUGAGGCGAGCCAUGCGAUUGAAACGGGAUUCGCGAACUCCCAACGUUAUGGCAGCAUUGAUGCCGGAAAAGCUGCGAGUUUCUUGGACUGCGAGAAUGGAGAUCCAUUUUGGCACCACUUUCGUGAAGCAUUUAGUGCCACGGGGCCUUUGUCUCCUGCAACGGCAUCGUUGGCGUAUCUCAAGUGGAAAGAGUGGGAAGACUUCAUCGAUGGAAUGGACGCUGCCAGUCUCUUCGACGGACGUAUAUUUGUUCCUUUAGCGGGUGAAUGGCACCCGGAUGGUUCGGCAUACUAUACCCAGAUUCGUGAAAAGCGGGAUUGGGUGACUGCUUUGCAGAAAUCGCAGUGGCAAGGAUUGUUUGGGUCUCCACCUGCGUGGUCCUCCGACAACUUGGUUGGUUUCAUGGCGUGUCCUGUUGGUUUUGCAUUGGUUCAGUACGUGAUUUUUUUGGUACACAAGAUGCGAUCCAAUUUGCCAGAGGAUGCUGCGAGAUUGAAUUUGGAAAGCAUGCUGUUUGCGUUUGUGAGCAUUUUAGAUUCUAAUUUUGAUCAUUUGGAAUCAUCGAACUGGAAUGUGAGUUCCUUUGACCUUGCAGUGAACUUGAAUUUGGAAGAUCCACAUUUUUAUGCAAGCUAUCGGGAUUUCAUCGAGGAAGGUGAAGGCAAAAGUGAGAACGCAAUAAUGUUUGCGGAGUCUUCUUUUCAGUGUGACCGAGACGACAGAGACGGUUUUCAGUUUGGAAAGAUCAGAGUUGCACUCGUCGGGGAGCACGGACCCAGCAAUUUAGAGCAUUUGGCCUCUUUGCAAGCAGCAGCGGGUCGAAUGGAACUUGAGGCAGGACAUUUUUUUGCUUACUUGUGGCAAUUUGAGAAGCUUUCAGAGUUUUCAGCCUUUCAAUCUUCGCUUCGGAUCACUUGGGAUGCCUUUUGGGGUGAGCCUCUCACAGAGUCUGCUGGGCGAGACAAAUUGACGUCAAGGCCUUUGUGGAAAGUUCACGAAGCUUUGUGGGCCUUGAAGGAGUUUGCGAGGAGAGACGUCUUUCUGCGGAGUUCCAAGUUGAUCGUUUGCUCCGAGCCUCUGUGGCUUUGCAUUUUGCUUCACGCGGCUUUAGACGCUUUGGACAGCGAGCAUGGUCGAGGAUGCCACGAGUCACUUCGUGAAUUUCGCAAGGCCAAAGAAGGAAGUUCUUGUGGAGAUCGGCGCGCCUUGACCCGGGCAUCGGCUGCAGGGCGAGUGAUGGGUCUCCUGGUGGAUUUCGAUCAGGUUUUCGGCUUGGACGAAGUGGAGAGUUUUUGGACUCUGCUGUUUGAGAGGAAGAAGGAGAAAAAGAGGAACGAAGCAAAAAGGGAAGAGAGUUUGAGCAAGCAGACCGGCUGGAGUUCCUCCGAAGUCGUCAAGACGGCAAAGCGCCCCCUGAAGGGUUAUGAAGACCUUUCCACGAUGAAUGGGGGGAGUGAGGAGAGGUCUGAAUUGGAUUUUUAUUCUCAGUGGUCUUUGCAUGAGACUCUUCAACGCAGACCGUGGGCCAUGAGCGCCACCUCACACAUCACGGCCGAAAUCCUUCGCUGGCAGGCAGGCAUUCGGAUACCUUACGUUCCGUGUCUCUCUUUGUACAUCCCGGUGCGCUACCAGCCGGCGAAACCGCAGAUCUUAUUCUUCCGAUCGUCCUUGCCACAACAAGCUCCUUUUCAGCGGGUCUUGCGCCUUCUGGAGGCAGAGAGAGGCGAAGGAACGCCAGAGGAACGUGGCGAUCGGAGUUCAAGGAUCGUGUUCAUGGGUUUUCAAAGUUCCAUGAGUUUUCAUGAGAUUGCUUCCUUCGAAGCCGUGGCCAUGCUGCCCCACAUUCCCAAUGCCUUGCGUCUCUCGGACAUGUACUCGAUGGCCAUUCCGCUCUUCGUCCCGGACGAGCCGCUGAUCCACAAAUUCCUGUGGCCCGAUGAUCCGAUGCCGUUGCUCUCGAAGAUUCGGGCAGCGGAGAUGACGGAGGAAGAGACAGCAAGUCCGCUGUCCACAGCAAGUCCCUUGGACUUCCAAGUGGCUGGACGUCAUUUUUACAAACACAUGCGAGACAGGCACCAUUGGCUUCAAUACACCGAGUGGUGGCUCAGACCCCACUUGCUUCGUUUCAGCAGUGCCAGGGAUCUGCUGAAGAAGGCUUAUCAGCUGUCCAGAGACGAAGCAGAUGGCAUAAGCCGUUCCAUGAUGAAGCACCAAGAAAAGCUGAAGGUCGAUGCGUUGGAUGCUCUUGGCACACAAACCGCAGGUUUUUUGAACAGCCUAUUUGCAUAUAUAUAUAUAUAUAUGGAUGUGUGUGCGUAUGUAUGUGUGUAUAUAUAUAUUAUGUGUCUCCUAUUUGCUGCAUAAGAUUGACACAGCUACUCUCAGUACUUUAUAUUUGUU